CAAAUCGCCAGCCCCGCACCAUUUUUGUUUACAUUUUUCCUUUCACAGAAUUUAAUUAAAUUCAUUAUUAUAACAGCCGAAAAUGCACAACGGAUUUGUGAGAAUUAAUUCAGUUCCAACAAGGGUCUUCACUUGGGGACAUUUUGUAACGGAAAAGUUCAAUGAAAACAUUAAAGAGCUAGUUUUAGUGAUCUCAGGUAACCCUGGAUUGCCUGGUUUUUACACGACAUUCUGCUCAACACUUUAUGAACAAUUAAAUAGAGAGGCUGUAAUAUGGUGUGUUGGACAUGCCGGUCACGAUGAGCCUAAAAAGCAUUUAAACAUGACAGUUCCGAAACUAAAGGAACAUCCUCAUCUGUAUGAUUUAAAAGGACAAACUAAUCAUAAAUUAUCAUUACUCGAGUACAUUCCACGACAAAUUGAGAAGAUUCACGUUAUUGGACAUUCCGUUGGAUCUAAAAUUAUUUUGAAUUUGCUGCAAGAAUCGCCAGAGUUCAAUGCUAAAGUUGAUAUGUGCUACCUGAUGUUUCCAACGAUUGAAAAUAUUGCGGAUUCAUAUAGUGGCAAAUGGUUUGUACGAAUGAGGCCGUUCUUUUUCAUUCUGAAGCUUAUCGUCUUACUUUUUAAUCUCCUGCCACACAAGUUGAGAUAUGGAAUGGUUAAAUUGUACUGUCGAGACAUGCCAGAAGACUUUUUAGAGCAUUGCUUUGAACACACGAAGCUGUCAGUUGUUGAGAAGAUUUUAUUCAUGGCAUCAGAUGAAAUGGACAAAAUAACGGAACUGGAUGAGGAACUAGUCAAACAAAAUAUUCACAAAUUAAAAUUAUAUUAUGGUAAAAAGGAUAAUUGGGUGAAAAGAAAGUAUUAUCACAAAAUCGUUGAAAGAUUUCCAGAAAUUGAUGCUCAGCUGUGCUCAAGAGAUUUUGAACAUGCUUUCGUAUUAAAAAGUGGUGAAGAUUGCGGUGAAAUGGUUGCAGACUGGAUCAAACAAAGAUGAGAAUUGGUUUAAAUUAU